AUGGAGUCGUGGUCGUGCCCCUGCUCCCCUUUACCUCUGUGGAGCCCCCGCAGCGGGGUGAGGCUCCUGCUCCUGCUCCUGACUGUGCGCUUGGGGAGCGGCACUGAUAAAGCAGAUGACGAGGAUGAUGAAGACCUAACAGUGAACAAAACAUGGGUCCUUGCCCCAAAGAUCCAUGAAGGUGAUGUCACUCAUAUAUUGAAUUCGUUACUCCAAGGCUAUGACAAUAAACUCCGACCAGAUAUUGGAGUGCGGACUACAGUAAUCGAGACGGACGUCUAUGUUAACAGCAUUGGUCCAGUUGAUCCAAUUAAUAUGGAGUAUACCAUAGACAUCAUUUUUGCCCAGACUUGGUAUGACAGUCGUUUGAAAUUUAAUAGCACCAUGAAAGUACUAAUGUUGAAUAGCAACAUGGUUGGAAAAAUCUGGAUUCCAGACACUUUCUUCAGAAACUCAAGGAAAUCAGAUGCCCAUUGGAUCACAACUCCCAACCGUUUGCUUCGAAUUUGGAAUGAUGGACGAGUAUUAUAUACGCUAAGGUUGACGAUUAACGCUGAAUGUUACCUUCAGCUUCAUAACUUUCCUAUGGAUGAACAUUCCUGUCCGCUGGAGUUUUCAAGCUAUGGAUACCCAAGAAAUGAAAUAGUAUACAAGUGGAAGAAAUCCUCUGUUGAAGUUGCAGAUCCCAAAUACUGGAGACUGUAUCAGUUUGCAUUUGUAGGGUUACGAAAUACAACAGAUAUCUCCCAUACACAGUCUGGAGAUUAUGUCGUUAUGACAAUCUUCUUCGUUCUGAGCAGACGUAUGGGAUACUUUACCAUACAGACUUACAUUCCUUGCAUAUUGACUGUUGUUCUUUCCUGGGUCUCAUUCUGGAUUAAUAAAGAUGCAGUGCCUGCAAGGACAUCACUAGGGAUCACUACUGUGCUGACUAUGACAACGCUGAGUACAAUUGCAAGAAAGUCUCUUCCCAAGGUUUCCUAUGUGACUGCAAUGGACCUCUUCGUCUCUGUGUGUUUCAUUUUUGUCUUCGCUGCCUUGGUGGAAUAUGGCACCUUGCACUACUUCACCAGCAACAAAAAGGGGGCUAAGGAAAAAGACAAGAAAUCAAAAAGCAAGCCAUCGAAUCCGCCUGUACUUCCUGUCCGCCCUGGAUCAACGUUAAUUCCAAUGAACAGUAUCCGUCACUUUCAGGAACGUGAUGAUAAUUAUGGUUAUGAGUGCCUUGAAGGUAAAGACUGCACCAGCUUCUUUUGCUGCUUCGAUGACUGCCGCACGGGGUCUUGGAAAGAAGGAAGAAUACACAUCCGAGUGGCUAAAAUUGACUCCUACUCUCGGAUCUUUUUUCCCACAGCCUUUGCCCUAUUCAACCUUGUUUAUUGGAUUGGAUACCUUUACCUAUAA